AACCACUUAUGCAAGAUCAAAAAUCGCCUGAAUCAUCACCACUUAUGCAAGAUCAUCAACUGCCAGACCCGCCUAUGAUCUCUAAUCCUCAACAAACACCAACUACAAAUCUUCAAAACGGUCAUGAUUUUUUUUCCGAUCCACUCUUACGUUCUAACUUGGAAAAAGGAGAAGCAGAAGACAUUGAAGCAACAGACGGUCAUGAUUUUUUUUCCAAUCCACUCUUACGUUCUAACUUGGAAAGUCUUAUGGAACCUUCAUCUGGCGCAACACUUGAUCCCAGCGAAUUAAUUAAAGUUCAUCAAGUUCGCGAUACUCUUGAUAAGAUGGUCUCUACUUCAGACGUCUUCCGUGUCCCUGAAGGACCUAAAAAAUACCGUGUUGUCGUUCUUCCUAAAGGAAAAGCUUUGCAUUUUGUGUAUAAGGUUUUAGUGUUCCCUAAGGGUAAAUAUUCUCAGCCUAAAGUUUUCACGUUAAUGAUUAUCCCCGGUAAAACUACGGAACGUGGUAAAAAGGUCACGUUCAUUGUAGUUCCUAAAGAUGCACCCGGAAAUUGGAAAAAAUUUGAAAUUUAUAUUAAGCAAUAA